AGCCACACCAGCCCUCGGCUGUGGCACGAGGAUGUGCAGUUGCACAGCAAAGGCCCCCUGGACCAUGAAUUCUACCCACGCUACCCAAGGAUUGCUUGGCCUCAGCCGUUGCCACUUCCUGAAUGCAUUGGGAGUUCUGAUUUCGGGCUGCACGUAAGCCGGGCUUAGGGUUCAACCUAGGAGGAGCCGCCCCGCCCCAUAACUGCCACCGCCCACUCCAGCAACAGCAGCCCUGAGAGACGGGGCUGUGCUCAGCCGGCCAAGAGCAGCUGCAGAAACAACCUCACCCGCUGAGCCGUUUACGGACUCUGCCGUGCAGGCUUCCAAGACGUCCACGUCAUGGUUUUCCUUGGCUUUGGCUUCCUGAUGACCUUCCUGAGACGCUACAGCUUCGGUGGGGUGGCUUUCAAUUUCCUGAUAGCCGCCUUUGCCCUCCAGUGGUCUGUCCUCAUCCAGGGAUUUUUCCACACCUUUCACAAUGGCAAAAUCCACGUGGGCAUAGAAAGCAUGAUCAACGCGGACUUCUGUGCGGGGUCCGUCCUCAUCUCCUUUGGGGCUCUGCUGGGUAAGACCAGCCCCGUCCAGUUGCUGCUGAUGGCCGGGCUGGAAGUCACCCUCUUUGGCAUCAACGAGUAUGUCCUGCUCAGCCUCCUUCAGGUGAAGGACGCCGGGGGCUCCAUGACCAUCCACGCUUUCGGGGCCUACUUCGGGCUGAUGGUGUCCCGCGUUCUUUUCCGACCCCACCUAGACAAGAGCCGGCAGCGGGAAGGCUCCACCUACCACUCGGACCUCUUUGCUAUGAUUGGCACCCUCUUCCUGUGGGUCUUCUGGCCCAGCUUCAACUCGGCUGUGACUGCCCACGGGGAUGACCAGCAACGGACGGUGAUGAACACCUACUUCUCCCUGGCGUCCAGCACCUUGGCCACCUUCGCCAUCUCUGCCCUGGUGAACCACGGAGGCCAGCUGGACAUGGUUCACAUCCAGAAUGCCGCCCUGGCUGGCGGAGUGAUCGUUGGCACUUCGGCCGAGAUGGUGCUGACUCCCUUUGGGGCCCUGAUCGCCGGGUGCGUGGCCGGCCUGGUGGCCACCCUCGGCUUCAGGUUCCUCACGCCCAUCCUGGCUGCCAGGCUGAAGAUCCAGGAUACUUGCGGAAUACACAACCUGCAUGGGAUGCCCGGCUUGCUCGGUGCCCUCCUUGGCGCCCUGUUGGCCGCUCUAGCAACCCCGGAUGCCUAUGGAGAGGGAAUGGCCGACGUCUUCCCCCUCGUGGCCGCUGGGCAAAGGACCCCCAUCAGACAGAGCCUCUUCCAGCUGCUGGGCCUGCUGGUCUCCCUGGGCAUGGCCACGGUCGGUGGCAGCCUGGUGGGGGCCAUCCUGAAGAUGCGAAGCCUUGCGAUGCCCCCAGACGCUCUCUGCUUCGAGGAUCAAAUCUAUUGGGAGGUGCCCGAGGAGCAUCGUGAUGGCUUCCAGGUCAUGGAAGCUCUCAGCACGGAGGAGGCAGACAAAGCCACCCAUGCCUGACAUCACCCUCAUCACCACCAACGCCUGAGAAAGCAGUGAGUCCAAGCGAUCCGUGUGUUGCCUGGAAGAAAGCCCGGAGGAGCAGCUCCUUCCAGGACUGGAGUCCCCCUGGAAGACGGUUGCACAAAUUCAGGAGCACCGACUUCCAUGGGAUCAUUUCAUGGGGUCCAUCAGCUACUAAAAAAUCCCCCAAGGCCAACAGCAGCCAAUGCUCUUUUUAAAGCAAGCGGGUUUUCUCUUUCACAGCCGCCCUUCAAUCUACAGAAUCCGAUUUGCUUUUCAACACAAAUUCCAUCAUGCACA